AUGAUUAAAAAUGUUGUUAUCAAGAAAAGAGAUGUUCUAUCUAAAAUAAAUACAAGAGAAGAUGACGAUUGUUUCAAAGAUUGCCAUGACGAAGGGAAUGUGAACAAAAACCAUUUUAAUUGCUUGUUCUACAGAGAAUCUUCUGCAAAUGAUGAAAGAUUGACUUGGGUCCGACAGCCGAAGUUUGUAGAAGAUGCUAACAAACAGGCCAUAAACAAAGGUCCAAAGAUUACCCCAAUUACAAUUUUUCUAAAAAGGAGAUUUAAGGGUAGUGGAGUUCUUUGCUGCCAAAAAUGUGAAAAGGUGUGGCAAAGGGACGUGAAUGCUGCCAGAAAUAUAAUGAUAAUCUCAAAGGCGAUUUGGUCAGACGAAGGAAGACCAGAGGCUUUUAAACUCAAGAAAACUUAA